UUCAUCCCAGCCCAUGGGGCGGAUCUUCCAUUCAGGGAGUCGGGCUAGGAGGUCUCUGCAUUUCUCCCUUGGACAUGAAGGAGACAGGCACAGAUGUGAAGACAGAGAUGUCUCUGGUCUUUGCGUGUUUGCUGAUGUUCCUGGCGGGCAGCUCGGGAUGCCCGCACCACACCUGUCACUGCAUGGGCAGGGUCUUCAUUUGUCAGGAGAGCAAGGUGGUCCAGGUUCCCCGGGACAUCCCCACCAACACCACCGAACUGAGAUUUGUCCUCACCAAGAUAAGAGUCAUUCCAAAAGGAGCCUUCACAGGACUGGGUGACCUAGAGAAAAUAGAGAUCUCACAGAAUGAUGCCUUGGAGGUCAUAGAAGCAAAUGUGUUUUCCAGCCUUCCCAAACUACAUGAAAUAAGAAUUGAGAAGGCCAACAACCUUGUGUACAUUGAUCAAGAUGCCUUCCAACACCUUCCGAGCCUCAGAUAUUUGUUAAUAUCAAACACUGGCCUUCGGUUUUUACCUGCUGUCCAUAAGGUGCACUCUUUCCAGAAAGUUUUACUAGAUAUUCAAGACAACAUCAAUAUACGUACAAUCGAACGAAAUUCAUUCACAGGCCUGAGUUCUGAAAGUGUGAUUCUUCACUGGAGCUAUGUACAUCUGCCUAUAUUGGUCAAAAGCAUAAUCAUUUCAACCAGACCCAUAGCUGAUUUCCAUGCUGACCUUAUCUCACCACCUCAGACCUUAGAUAAAUGGCUAAAUAAAAAUGGGAUUCGGGAAAUCGAAAAUCAUGCAUUUAAUGGAACCUACCUGGAUGAGCUAAAUCUAAGUGAUAAUCACAACCUCGAAAAAUUACCAAAUGAAGUCUUCCAAGGAGCCAAUGGGCCUGUUGUUUUGGAUAUUUCAAGGACGAGAAUCAUUUUCCUGCCAAGUCAUGGAUUAGAACUCAUUAAGAAGCUAAGAGCAAGGUCUACAUACAAUUUAAAAAAGCUUCCUGAUUUAAGCAAACUUAGAUCUCUGAUUGAGGCAAACUUCACAUAUCCGAGCCAUUGCUGUGCAUUUACAAACUGGAGAAGACAAAACACCGAAUUACAUCCAAUAUGUAGCAUAUCUCAGGCCAAGCAAGACCUCGAUGAGCAGCCUGGCAACAAGAUACAUAGGCGAUCUGCAGCUGACGAUUAUAUUUCCAACUACGGCAUAGGAUUUGACCCAGCAGACAGCGAGUUUGACUAUGGUUUAUGCAAGGAAAUAGUUAAUGUAGCUUGUUCACCUAAACCCGAUGCUUUCAAUCCAUGUGAAGAUAUCAUGGGAUACAACAUUCUGAGAGUCCUGAUAUGGUUUAUCAGCAUUUUAGCUAUCACUGGGAACAUUGUUGUCCUAAUUAUUUUAAUAAGCAGUCAAUACAAACUCACCGUACCUCGUUUUCUAAUGUGCAAUCUUGCAUUUGCAGACCUCUGCAUAGGUAUAUAUCUCAUGUUUAUUGCAUCUGUAGAUAUCCAGACCAAAAGCCAGUAUUAUAACUAUGCCAUAGACUGGCAAACUGGUGCAGGAUGCAAUGCUGCAGGAUUUUUUACAGUGUUUGCAAGUGAACUCUCAGUCUACACGUUGACUGUGAUAACUCUAGAAAGGUGGCACACCAUCACCUAUGCCAUGCAACUGGACCGCAAGGUUCGAUUUCGUCAUGCUGUGAUUAUAAUGAUUUUUGGCUGGAUGUUUGCUUUCACAGUGGCGCUUCUUCCUAUGUUUGGUGUCAGUAGCUACAUGAAGGUCAGCAUCUGUUUGCCCAUGGAUAUAGAAACACCAUUUUCUCAGGCUUAUGUUAUAUUUCUUUUAGUGUUGAAUGUACUUGCAUUUGUGGUCAUAUGUGGCUGCUACAUCUGCAUCUACUUUACUGUAAGAAACCCUAAUGUCAUCUCUUCAAACAGCGACACCAAGAUUGCCAAGCGCAUGGCCAUACUGAUCUUUACAGACUUCCUCUGCAUGGCACCAAUAUCUUUUUUUGCAAUAUCAGCCUCACUCAAGGUUCCUCUCAUCACAGUGUCUAAAUCCAAGAUCCUUCUGGUUUUGUUUUACCCCAUCAAUUCCUGUGCUAACCCUUUCCUCUAUGCCAUUUUCACCAAGACUUUCCGCAGAGAUUUCUUCAUUCUGUUGAGCAAGUUUGGUUGCUGCGAAAUGCAAGCCCAGAUUUACAGAACAGAGACGUCCUCAUCGGCUCAUAAUUUCCACACAAGAAAUGGCCAUUGCCCUCCUGCAUCAAAAAACAGUGAUGGGACUAUUUAUUCAUCGGUUCCUCUGAAUCACUUGAACUGAAAUUCUUGCAUGAAUUUGUGUCUGAGGCAGUGUGAUAAUCACUUUCAACUGUGAAUUUGAAUAAUGACUUUAGCAUAAUAUGUAAACUUAUUUUUAUGAGAAAAAAAUAUUUCUGCUUUGCUAUUUUUGUUCAAUGAACAACCAUCAGAGAUGAUACAUCAUCUUCAUCAGUUCUUGAAGGACAAAGAACAAAACUUCAGUAUGUGCCAAAGUGUCCUUGUCGAAUUGUCUCAAGAAAUGCAUAAAAUCAUAAACUGGUAAAUCCCACCACACAGACAGGGAUUCCCUUCAUUCUAGGAAGAUGUUAGCUGCUUAUUGAGAACUAAGUAGUGUUUGUAUGCAGUUGAAAACAAAAAUAAGUAGAAUUAUUUUUUUUUGUCUGUGAAGCAUGUUAUAGCAAUGACAGGUAAUCAGCUCUUUUCAUUAAUCAUAUCCCCUGGGGCUACAGGAGACAGAAGGCCAACUUAAAGCCCUCCUUCAGCACAGAUGUACCAGGAAUGAGAAUAUCUUGUGUUGUUUCUAUUUCUGUUGACCACAGCAGAGGGGCAGGAGGCAACUCCAGCUAUGCUGAUAUUUGCUAUUCCACACUGCAUGGACCUGUCUUACUCUGCACAAAAGUGUCAUUUUGCAUAGCAUUUGUGUUCGUCUAGAUUGGCAGGCUCAGAGAACCAGAUUUAAUCUGGGUUUGGAACAAGGAGUUUGGUUUGGAGUCUGUUUUCAAGGUGAGAAAUAGCAAGACCAAGAGCAGGAGAAACCCUUAAAAAUAAUGGGGUUGUUUUCUCAAGUUGGUCCCACAAAGAUGAGUCAAAUUUGCUUUUGUGUGGCUGGGUCCCUUGGGUAUGGGAAGAUGGGCCAAUUGGCUGCCGUAACAUGAUACAUGAGGCAGGUUUGCUAUACAGCAGUAAUAGUGCAUUGCUCUGUCUGGACUAUGUAAGGAACAAUGGAUCCAGAUAUGGCUUUUGAAAACAUGAACAAAAGGUUUUCCAAAAUCCCAAAAGUUGUCUUUCCCCUUCCCUUCUAAAAAAAAAACCUUCAUGUGCAUGUCAUCAGAAGAUGGUCUAGAUUGAAAGACCUGAAAAAAAACAUACACUGCAUAUGCUGAAAUAACAAAAAAGAAAAUAAAUCCUUAUGUGAGCAUGAAGCAAACAGCAAGACAGGAGCCUGGGCUUCAUUCCCACCUCACAAACAAUUCACAGGUUUGCCCCAUGAGAUUUUAUAAAUCUUUGAAGUCUUCACAUUUAAUUGUGAUGUGCUUUGAAUAUUUCCUGCCUGCAACUCCUAAAACUUCAGUAACAAUUCUUGAAGCUUCUACCCAUAAUUUCUCCUGCCAUCAGCUCCACAUUUCAACAUCUGAAUCUAACGUGAAUAACUACAGGAGAUGAUUAUUUGUUUUGUCCUAACCAGGGAAGGAAGUACAAGCUCCCUAGUGCAUAAAACAGGGUUUUGGGGGGGAAAUUUCAUCACUCAACACAAGUAACACACACACCCCCACACACCCCCAAGAUCCAGAAGAAGGAAUAACAAAACAGCAAAACAGGAGACACAGUUCAUCUCUGGAAAGCUGUUCUGACUGCUCAGAGGAAUCACUUCUUCACAAAUGUUUUAUGUCAUAUACAGUGUACUGAUGUACAGCCAUUAAAACACAUCCUGAUGGAAGUGUCUGAAAGAUGAUGUUCCAAAAUGACAAAUAUUCUAGUUGCAUUUUAAAAAGCUCGAUUCUCUUCUUGAGCCAACAAUGAGGGGCAAUCUGUGCCAAAUACUAGUCCAUUUUGGUUGAUAAAUAGGCCAAAUCCCCUUUUUUGCCUGGGUCCUGACCAUUUGCAAAGGCAAUAGGAUGAGACCUGGCAGCUCAGGAAAGUUCAGGCACAGCCUAGAAGCCAGUCUUGUAAGUUCUCUCACACCUAAGUCAGGGACAUGAGUUUGGUCCAGCUCAUCUACGUCAUGCUAAAUUGUUGUCCAGACAUUCACGGAAUCAGGACCCAGUUAAAUAUGCUUGACAAAUAAACACCCAUGAAAGGAGAUCUUGCAGGGUUGUGUCUUGUAGGCAGAGUCGGACCAGGGUCCAGGGGAUGAAGCCAUCUAGCCCAUGGCUCUUCCUCCAGAGGAGGCAAGGAGUGAUAAUUGAAGAGCAAGUGCAGCUUACACUUCACCUCAUCCCUAGCAGGAGGACAGCACAGAAGUCCGUGAGGCACACGUCACCCUGCCCACACGUGCUGCACAGGAGCUCUGGUGGCAGCAGCUCCAAAGCUGGGGGGCUGACCAUGUUGAUGCCAAAACAAAAUAAACUCCUUCUUGUAGUCCUCAGAUCUCCUUGGCUUUCACUCUUCUUUGGAUUUUAAUUUCAAGCAUUUUCCAAGUUGUGAGGGGCAUUGUAGGACCUGUAUCUUUCCCUGUGUGGGACAUCAGUCUAUUUAUAGCAAUUUUUUAAAGCAGGGUUUUUUCUUUGAAGAAAACAGUAUAAGACAAAAAAAAAAAAGCAGGAUACAUUUUAUUCAUGCUUGUAGUGUAACAAAGGCCACCUGUGUCUGGUGUGGAUUUUCUCAGCACCGAACAACAUGUUUGUGUGUGUAAUCUUUAAACUAUUUUACGUUACCCUUUCUGAAAUCUAUUCCAAUAAAGCCAAUAUCAAAACAAAGUGCCUUGAGAACAAGUGUAUGGCCAGAGAUAUGCUGACGAAGUAUGCAAUAAAUGUUACUGCUUAUCUGGAGAGCUCCAUUUAUGCGGCACAGCCUCCACAGUCAGGUCACUGUGACCUACAGAUGAAACUCGACUGAUGAGAGACUCUGCAAAGAAAAACCUCCUGUAGCCUCCUGGAGAGUUAACAAAGCACAGAAUGCUAUGUUUGAAACCUCUUAAACAGGUAAUGUAGCAGCACUGACUUGUCUUUGUUUUAAUCAAGCUGUUCUAUCAAUUCACAUUUCUAAUUAAAUAAGAUAUAAACCACUGACAGAA